GACAACUCUUUGGCAUUGCCAAGUGCCAAAGCAUAGAAAGAAAAUACUUUCUGUUAAUAAAACUUCUCGUCAUCCUGUGAUACAACAAAAAGCAUAUAAAUGGAAACUAAUGCUUUGAGUCUUGGAAGCUCUCUUCUUGUUCCUUGUGUUCAGGAGCUGGCAAAGUUGAGCCUUGAAUCUAUUCCACCAAGAUACGUACGCCAAGACCAAGAUCAACCCAUCAAUGUUCAGAAUCAGAAUGUUGAGGUUCCAGUGAUUGAUAUGGAAAGGCUACUUUCUCAAGAAUCAAUGCAUUCUGAACUGGCCAAACUUCAUUGUGCUUGCAGAGACUGGGGCUUCUUCCAGUUGGUUAACCAUCAAGUGAGUGCUUCGCUUUUGGAGAAGAUGAAGAUAGAGGUUCAGGAGUUCUUCAACCUCCCAAUGGAAAAGAAGAAAAAAUUAUGGCAAUAUCCAGGAGAAGUAGAGGGUUUCGGACAAGCCUUUGUUGUAUCUGAGGAACAAAAACUUGACUGGGGUGACCUUUUCUUCAUGGUCGCCCAGCCUGUUCAUGCAAGGAAACCCCAUCUGUUUCCAGAACUCCCUCUUCCUUUCAGAGAGACCUUGGACACUUAUUCAUGGGAAGUGAAAAAUUUAGCUAAGAUUAUCCUAGCACAGAUGGCUAAAACACUGGAGAUGGAGGCAAAGGAAAUGACAGAAAUUUUUGAAGAUGGACAUCAGUCAAUUAGAAUAAAUUAUUACCCUCCAUGUCCUCAACCAGAGAAAGUCAUUGGUCUUACCCCACAUUCUGAUGCAACAGGUCUCACAAUCCUCCUACAACUUAAUGAAGUAGAAGGUCUUCAGAUCAACAAAAAUGGCAAGUGGGUUACUGUGAAGCCCAUCCCUAAUGCCUUUAUUAUCAAUAUUGGAGACAUUCUAGAGAUUAUAAGCAAUGGGAGAUACCGUAGCAUUGAGCACAGGGCAACAGUGAACUCGGAGAAGGAAAGACUCUCAAUUGCAACUUUUUAUGCUCCAAAAGUUGAGGCUGAGAUAGGGCCAGCUCCCAGCUUGAUCACUCAACAAACUCCGGCAUUGUUUAAGAGAAUAGGGGUGGAAGAGUAUUUCAGGAGCCUAUUUGCUCGUGAGCUCCACAGCAAAUCUCAUCUUCAUACCCUCAGAAUAUGACUGCCUAGUGCCCCCAAUGCUAUAAGAAAUUCACAAUCAAAUCAUAUUUCAAGAGAAAAGAUCCAUUGAUGGGUCAUAUAUCUAAAACUUUCAUGUAGUAUAUCUUUUAUUAUGUCUUUGAUCUUUUUUUUCUUCUUUUUAACGGGUAAUUACUCAGAAACAGAUAGUUAGUACGUUUGCAUAACAUUAUCUAUAAUAUUUGUUGGUUGAAGAACUUCUAUUACAGCUCUAUUUAGUAUGUAAGAUUAUGGAUAUGUAAUAUAUUUUAUGAUCCUGGUGUUUUUUACACCCGUACUUUUUAAUUUAUUAUUGUAUAUAGUAGAUAUUUGGAAAUUGACUA